AUGGAGGUGACCUGCCUUCUACUUCUGGCGCUGAUCCCCGUCCACUGCCGGGGCCAAGGAGUCUACGCUCCAGCCCAGGCGCAGAUCGUGCACGCGGGCCAGGCAUGUGUGGUGAAAGAGGACAACAUCAGCGAGCGCGUCUACACCAUCCGGGAGGGGGACACCCUCAUGCUGCAGUGCCUGGUCACCGGGCACCCUCGCCCUCAGGUGCGCUGGACCAAGACAGCGGGUAGCGCGUCGGACAAGUUCCAGGAGACGUCGGUCUUCAACGAGACGCUGCGCAUCGAGCGCAUCGCGCGCACCCAGGGCGGCCGCUACUACUGCAAGGCCGAGAACGGCGUGGGCGUGCCCGCCAUCAAGUCCAUCCGCGUGGACGUGCAGUACCUGGACGAGCCUGUGCUGACUGUGCACCAGACGGUGAGCGACGUGCGAGGCAACUUCUACCAGGAGAAGACCGUGUUCCUGCGCUGCACGGUCAACUCCAACCCACCUGCCCGCUUCAUCUGGAAGCGCGGCUCCGACACCCUGUCCCACAGCCAGGACAAUGGAGUGGACAUCUAUGAGCCCCUCUACACCCAGGGGGAGACUAAGGUCCUGAAGCUGAAGAACCUGCGGCCACAGGACUAUGCCAGCUACACCUGCCAGGUGUCUGUCCGCAAUGUGUGUGGUAUCCCGGACAAAGCCAUCACCUUUCGGCUCACCAACACCACGGCACCACCGGCCUUGAAGUUGUCUGUGAACGAAACCCUGGUGGUGAACCCUGGGGAGAAUGUGACAGUGCAGUGUCUGCUGACGGGGGGUGAUCCUCUACCCCAGCUGCAGUGGUCCCAUGGGCCUGGCCCCCUGCCUCUGGGUGCAUUGGCCCAGGGUGGCACCCUCAGCAUCCCUUCAGUGCAUGCCCGGGACUCUGGCUACUACAACUGCACGGCUACCAACAACGUGGGCAACCCCGCCAAGAAGACCGUCAACCUGCUGGUGCGAUCCAUGAAGAAUGCCACGUUCCAGAUCACCCCUGACGUGAUCAAAGAGAGCGAGAACAUACAGCUGGGCCAAGACCUGAAGCUGUCCUGCCACGUGGACGCUGUGCCCCAGGAGAAGGUCACCUACCAGUGGUUCAAGAAUGGCAAGCCGGCACGCAUGUCCAAGCGGCUGAUAGUGACUCGCAACGACCCGGAGUUGCCUGCAGUCACCAGCAGCCUGGAGCUCAUUGACCUGCACUUCAGUGACUACGGGACCUACCUGUGCGUGGCUUCCUUCCCUGGGGCGCCUGUGCCUGACCUCAGUGUCGAGGUCAACAUCUCCUCGGAGACAGUACCACCCACAAUCAGCGUGCCCAAGGGCCGGGCCGUGGUGACCGUGCGCGAGGGCUCGCCUGCAGAGCUGCAGUGUGAGGUGCGGGGCAAGCCGCGGCCGCCCGUGCUCUGGUCGCGCGUGGACAAGGAAGCUGCCUUGCUGCCCUCGGGGCUGCCCCUGGAGGAGACUCCAGACGGAAAGCUGCGGCUGGAGCGCGUGAGCCGGGACAUGACCGGGACUUACCGCUGCCAGACGGCUCGCUACAAUGGCUUCAACGUGCGCCCCCGCGAGGCGCAGGUGCAGCUCCACGUGCAGUUCCCGCCGGAGGUGGAGCCCGGUUCCCAGGACGUGCGCCAGGCGCUGGGCCGGCCAGUGCUCCUGCGCUGCUCGCUGCUGCGCGGCAGCCCCCAGCGCAUCGCCUCGGCCGUGUGGCGCUUCAAAGGCCAGCUGCUGCCGCCGCCGCCCGUUGUCCCCGCCGCCGACGCCCCCGACCAAGCUGAGCUGCGCCUGGACGCCGUCACUCGCGACAGCAGCGGCAGCUACGAGUGCAGCGUCUCUAACGACGUGGGCUCGGCCACCUGCCUCUUCCAGGUCUCGGCCAAAGCCUACAGCCCGGAGUUUUACUUCGACACCCCCAACCCCACCCGCAGCCACAAGCUGUCCAAGAACUACUCCUACGUGCUGCAGUGGACCCAGAGGGAGCCUGAUGCUGUGGACCCUUUGCUCAACUACAGACUCAGCGUCCGACAGUUGAACCAGCACAACGCCGUGGUGAAGGCCAUCCCUGUGCGGCGCGUGGAGAAGGGGCAGCUGCUGGAGUACAUCCUGACCGACCUCCGCGUGCCUCACAGCUACGAGGUCCGCCUCACACCCUACACCACCUUCGGGGCCGGGGACAUGGCCUCCCGCAUCAUCCACUACACAGAGCCCAUCAACUCUCCGAACCUAUCAGACAACACCUGCCACUUUGAGGAGGAGAAGAUCUGUGGCUACACCCAGGACCUGACCGACAACUUUGACUGGACACGGCAGAAUGCCCUCACACAGAACCCCAAGCGCUCGCCCAACACUGGCCCCCCAAUGGACAUCAGUGGCAGCCCCGAGGGCUACUACAUGUUCAUUGAGACCUCCAGGCCCCGGGAGCUGGGAGACCGAGCCCGGCUGGUGAGUCCCCUCUACAAUGCCAGCGCCAAGUUCUACUGCGUCUCCUUCUUCUACCACAUGUAUGGGAAGCACAUUGGCUCCCUCAACCUCCUGGUUCGGUCUCGGAACAAAGGCGCCCUGGACACGCACGCCUGGUCUCUCAGCGGCAAUAAAGGCAAUGUGUGGCAGCAGGCCCAUGUCCCCAUCAACCCCAGUGGGCCCUUCCAGAUUAUUUUUGAGGGGGUCCGAGGCUCCGGCUACCUGGGGGAUAUCGCCAUAGAUGACGUCACAGUGAAGAAAGGAGAAUGUCCCCGGAAGCAGAUGGACCCCAAUAAAGUGGUGGUCAUGCCCGGCCGAGGCAGAGCCUCCUGCCAGCCCCACCCACAGCUCUGGGGGCCCGUGGCCGCCUUGCUCUUGGCGUUGCAGAGAUGAUGAGAGCUGCGUGGCUCCCACCCCUCCCCGCCCCCGGCACACCAAAGUGUCCGCAUCGUACCAAAGACUGACCCCUGCCAGCCGGGGUGCCCAGGGGCAGGGCCGGCCUGCCAGGGAGGGGGCCUGCGUGGCAGUGAGGAUGAGUGAAGAACAAGGACAGACGCCAGCACUGCUGGCCUGGACCCGGACGUUGGACACACUCACACACUCACACACCACAGAGCUCUAUUAAAGCACAAGUUUCUAUCCAACCUGCCAGCACCUUCUUUACUGUGGAGACAGGGAUCCCCCUGUCCAAGAAGUGUCUGCCUACACUCCCAGGGACCUCGUUGUGACAUCCUGGCUGCAUUUCUGGUGUGUCUCUGACUGUCCCCCUGCCCCUAAGUCAAGGCAGGAACGCCAGCCCACUGGCUUUGCCCAAAGGGAGCCGGAAGUGGAGCAGAGGAGGAAGCCCCUCCCCGGGGCCAGACUCUGGACUCCCUGGGUGGGGGAGGCAGGGGCCAUGAGGGCCCUCCCUGCAACACCGAACUCUGCUUUCAGAGAGAGGGCCGGAUGCCGGUGCCUCCAGGCCCCCUCACUCCGCCCCAACCUGUUCCUGGGACAUCGCGUGUCCUUUUCUCUCUGGGCCCCCUUUUGAAGGAGUCCAGCACAAGGUGUCAGGCCUGGGCCAUCUGAAGAAGGACACCCACCUCAGCCCCACCCCUGCAAGCAGCUGGAUUCCUGCGAGCACUCUCCCUACGGCGGUUGGCUGGCCUAACCUUAGCCCCACUUGAAUCUCCCAGAACCCGGGAGAUGGUUGGUGGCCGGGAGAUUUCCAGGGCCCGGUGUGACUGGAGAGGGGCAGAGGAGGAGGCUGGCCUCUGUGAUCCUGUGCCCCGCCCUGGACGCUGGAUCUGGAAAUGGAGACGAGCCUCCAUUGCGCUGACUCACCAGGUGUUUGCCCCGGGCCUGGCCCUGCCCCCUCUCCACUGUAAAACCCUGUGUAGUUGCCCAUCGCUCCUGGCCACCAGGACCCGUGAAGGAGGAGGAAGAAGGGUUUGUAGCACUGGGGUCAAUGGGUGGGGUGUUGACGGUCCCCUUGUGCCCUGGGAGCUGAACCUCACACUAAGUCUCCUUGCCUGGGGGGUUUGAAAUGGGGCGAUGGGACCUAGACCCCUCUCUACUUCAACCCGGAGCCAUCCACGGGAGAGAGAAGGCCCAACUAUCUGUCCCCUCAGGCUGUCUGUAUGUCUGUGUGCCUGUGCCUGUCUGCGUGUAUGUGUGUACCUGGCCAUCUGUCUCUGCAGUGUGUGUCCGCACUGGGCAGAAGCGUGCGUGAAUAUGGGUCUGUGUGCGUUGUGAGACACAGCAGCCAACGAAGCUGUGUCCACUCUAAUCUCUGUGUGUGCCUGUGCAUGUCAGCGUGCACGCCCAUCUCCCUGAGUGACGUGUUUCUUGGGUGCUGGCCAAAUAGACCCCUUCUCACCCCACCUUUCACUCCAUUGUUGACCAAGUGCUUACAACCACUCUAUUGUAAGGCAAGCACCCAUGGAGAGGCGUGAGGGUCCCCGAGGAGUGGAGGGGGCACCAGUGUAGGACGAGGCCUGGAGCUUGGGGAGCAGUGCUGUGCCAGGAGGCAGGCUGGGGACCAAGGUGAGCGCUGCCCAUCUCCCUGGCCUCAUCGCCAACAGCUGGUGGGUGUUGGAGUCGGGCUGGAGCCAGGCCUCCAGGUGCCCCAACCAGUGUGGCUGCUUCUGGCCCAGCUGAGGCCUCUGCCCAGAAUGAGUUUCCUCUGCCCGGUAUUGUUCCUUAAUUGCCCCAUCUGUGCAGGGCCCGUGCCCCCAACUAGACGGUAAACUCCUCCUUUGAGCCUCCCCUCCUGCCCGGGAUGCACUCAGCUGACCUUGCCUGGUAGAAUGUCCCCAUCCAUCAGUGGUUCCAGCCCCGGCUGCAGAUACCAGCCACCAGAGGGGCUUUAGAAAGCGUGGAUGACUGUGCCCCCUCCCGCCGGUGGUCUUCAGUUGGUCUGGAGAGCCUCCGGCCUCUGAAAGUUCCUAGGUCUAUAGGAGAACCUGAGGAGGCCCUGGCCUCUCACCUGCCCUGCACGCCUGGGCCCGGGGUGCAAAGAAUAGGCACUUCCUCCUGGGGCUCCCACAGAUCCCUGGGCCUGCUCCCCGCAGACCACCUCUGCUCCAUCUGUCCCCCACCCCCGACUUAGUUGCACUGUGGUAGGGACAGUACCUCCCUUGCCCUCCCUCUAUCCACAGAGUUGGGCUUGGUUUCGUAAGUGUGGUCGGUCCUUGGUUCCUGGUCUACCUGGGGGGCUGUGAGGGUCCUGUGGACAGAUUAGGGGAUGGGGCCCAUGGAACAUUCCCGGGUGAAUGGGUGGGUGAUGGGUGCUGUGCAUCAGUGGGUUUGCAGGGGAUGUAGGUGUUGGCAUGUACGAGUGAGUGAUUGGAAUGCCCAGACUACCAGGCCACCUGGGGAUUCGUCACUAGGUCUACAGGUAAGGAAUCUCUGUGUGUCACCGAGCACUGGGUCUGUGGGUCCGAGUAGCAGUGUCCCUGGGCUGUGUGUCUUUGGGUCUGCAUGCUGGCAGACCCCCAUGCUCUCAGCCGCGGGGAGACCUGCUUGGCUGGAUCCAGUGUACCUCCCCCCCCCCAGCCUUGCCCUCAGACCAGGAAGGUCGAGGUGUUCUGUGGCCUUAAAUGGGGAGUCCAGGGUCCAUCCUCAGGGUGUUGGGGUGCCCCUACCCCUCUCCCCUUAGACUGGUAUCUAGGGGAGGAAGGGACCCCUGGCACAGCAGGCAUUGCAGCCCUAGGGGUGUCCCACAGCUGGUCCCCAGGCAACCCCCAGUGUGGGGUGGGACGCGGGGGUGGGGGGAAG